GAACCAGGUUCCAGGUUUCCUGGGAAAUGGGGCGGGCCCUAAUGUGGGACGUUACAUGCGUCGACACAUUAGCACCGUGUCAUAUCAGGGAGACAGAAUCAAGACCGGGAGCCGCAGCAGAAAAAGCUGAAACCGGUCCAUACAAACCAGAAGAAGAACAAGUGAAAGAAGAAUUAUCACAAGAAGAAACUACAGCGCAAGUGGAAGAAGAGUUACCAGAGGAGCAGUCAGGAAUAUUCCCCUCACCAUCGUUAAGGAAAGUCUUGCCUGAAAAAAUCCGCAAAUACCAAAAGCAAAAUCGGAUUCACGUUCUUCCUGAGGAGUUCAGGACUGAUAUAGAUCCUGAGAUGAUUCCGAAGAUACCAACAACAGCUCAGCGGAAUUAUAUAGAUAUUUUGGCGGAGUUGACAGGAUGUGUAAAAUAUAGGCAGAGUUUAGCAGAGUAUUGGUUCUUGGAUACUUUGGCUAAUCUUUUACGAAGGGCGCAGGAAGACGAAAUGUGUCGCCCUUCCCAAGCCGUGCUGAUUCUGUGGUUUUGCGAGUGGAUGAAGGAGAUAGAACACUUCGACGCGGCUGACCGCGAACGAAUGUUAAAACGUUUUAAGGACAACAUGCUCUCUGCAGCGAAAUACAUAGCAGAAGAACAAAACCUUCCGUCUCCUCAGAUGGCCGGCGUGUUUUACAAGGCUGAUGACUCAGGGGAGAGGGCUGAUCGGAAUGCGGACUCAAAACAUCUGGUCACCUUCGAGGGAGCGGCUUAUCAAUGUUCCUUGAGAGACCUGACCAGUAUCAUACAUUACAUUUAUGACUUAUUCAGCACAGACUAUCAAUUCAACUUAGUCCGAGCUAUAUACACCUCUCCACCGGACUACAAACUGAUUGAUAUCUCAUAUCAAAUCCAUACCCCGAAGAGAUUCUAUGCGCCGCUAAAGUUGAAGCCUAGAGUGGAACCUAAAGAGAAACCGGGGAAAGGAAAGAAGAAGGAGGUUCUUACUGAAGAAUAUUUGGCGUUUUUACAGCUGAAGGCUAAGGACGAGAAGGAAUACAACGCCCAGGAAGACAAAGAGCAAGAGGCUUGGCACCGUCGCAGUCACAUCCUGCCGCUGGCCUUCGCGACCGACGACCAGUUCCUGGACAAGUACUGGCCAAUACCGCCUCCCGAGCCCGUAUCGGUAGUACCGGAACCCAAGGGGAAGGGGAAACGGAAGAAUUAGCUCAGUUUAUGACCAAUGUCUCUAGCCAAGUACCUACACAUUUCUUUGUAACCACUUCAAAAAGAAAGAGGUUCUCAAGGUUUUUCAUGUACUGAUUUGGAAAAAUCUUUUUUGGUUUAAGUAAAUUAAAUGGUAUAGUCUCCAUGUCCAUGUGGUCCUAUAGUGAUAUACUGGAGAAAACGAGGAGAACUUUAACAAAUAUAUAGGGUAACUAGUGUGUUACUUGUUAAUUUUUAAAAACGCUUCGAAAACUAAACUAAAAUACGAGUCCGCUGUGACCACAAGAAUAAAGUACAAACCUUUUAAAUAUAAAAAGGGCCAUCUAUGUUAACUUAGUUGCAUUGCAACAGAAGUGAACAAAAAGGAAUUGUUUCUAUGUUCUCGAAGUACGCCAUCUACCGGUAGGUUAAAAUAACAAAUACUAUUUAUUAAGCCAAUAGACAGCGGCACGCAUCGCCCAAUUUGAAUUAUUUUAAGUGUUCAUUUACAUGAGCGGCAGCUGAUACCGACGACUGCAGCCGACUGUAGUCGGCGAUUCUCGGCGGCAGCCAACGGCAGUCGACUACAGUCACCGACGUUUCGGCGGCAUGCGACGGCGGUCGCAGACUGCAGUCGACUCUCGGCGGCGGUCGUCGGUAGCAGUUGCCGUUCGUGUAAAUGAAACCUAACCCUGGAGUGACACGAAUGAUGGGGAUAAUCACGUGACUUAUUGGUAACGAAUGUCAUCCCCAUACAUUUUUGAAUUUAUGAAACGUCAAAGUUGAAAGCGAAUUGUAGUGUAACAUAUCUACAAACUUUGUACGCCUUUAAUGCGACGACAUAUCCGUAUUAAAAAACAACCUUCACCAAUCAGUGAUUUAUAUCAAAUUUAGUACUUUAAAAAUAUAUUUCGAGUAGGUUGCCUCGGAAACUCUUGGCCAAACAGUCAUUAAUGAUAAUUAUAAUUUUUUGUAAUUAAUUUUUGAUAAUUAAUAGUUUUGCCAGGCAAUUUUUAGCAAUUAUAUUUUUUUAACGUACUACUAAAUAUGGUACAAAACACUUUCACCUAUUAAACAGAUGGGUGAAGGUCGUUUCUAAUUCGGAUCUUCUAAUAUAAUGUUUUCAAGGAUUCAGUAAAGCGGACUUCGGAUACGGGU